CUAUUUCUGGAUACUUCUCUCUCAGACUCACACACCUCAUACCUUCUCUCUUGGCGACGGGGACGGCAGCCCUCCUUCCACCUGCACCGGCCACGGCCUUUCUCAGCCUCAGAGCCGCAACAUUCUCGGCCACUCUCUGGAAAAUCAAAACCUAGCUUGGUGAAGCCCUAGCCGUUCUCCACUUGUUCCCUUCCUCUUCACUUCACUGAGCCAGACACCUAUAUUUUUGCACUUAGAUAUCUUCAAAAGAUUCGGCGAUGGGCAAGCCAAGUUCACGGUCGGAGUCCACUAAGGCUGAUCGCAAGUUUGAAAAGAAGCUUGAGUUUUAUUCCAAGGUUAGGGAUACUGUCGCCACCUUGAGUGCCCAGAAGACUAUUGCCAAGAAAAAGAAACUUCGAAGCCGUCAGAAGAAGCUGAAACCAUAUGACCUCUCCGCUCUUACAGAGUUCCUUCCUGAAUUGAAGAAUUCUCAGAAACAAACUCCAGCUGAGUUUAAGCUAAACUGUAAAUCUAGGCAAAAGCUAAUACUAAAAGAAGCAAAGCAAAUGAGUACGGUUCUUAACCAUCCUGCGUUCCAGUUGGAUCCCUUGGCUGCUCUCGCCCAACACUUGGAGAGCACGCAACCAAUUACAGAAGAGAAGCCAAAGCCAAAGAAAAAGAACAAGAAUGGAGGGAGGAAGAAAAAGGAUAAGAAAUCAAAGUCUUCAACUGGACCUGAAACUAUGGAUAUGUAACUUGACAAGUGAUGCCGGCAUUGUUCAUACAAGUCAAAACAACUUAUCAAUUUUCUUUUAUUAUCAGCUCUUAGUAGCGGCGGGAUAUGCAAAUUACCAGUACUCACUCAGGUUCAGACUUCAGAAUCGGAGCAAGUGUUUAACCUAUGGAAUCAAUCAGGGGAGGAACUUCCUUUUUGUAACAAUGGCUUUAUUAGAUUGGUAUUAAAUGUUAUACAUAAGUCUAGAAAGUUAAGAGUGUGUUUUGAUUCUACAAAUUAGGCUGUUUUGUUAGAAAUAUUGUUAGUUAAAGUUAGAGUGUGUUUUGAUUCUACAAAUUAGGCAGUUUUGAUUCUACAAAUUAGGCAGUUUUGUUAGAAAUAUUCUACACUAGGGUACCAUUUUUGCAUAUUGGGCCCAAAAACUCGACCUGCUUGGUAAACUUGUUCGGGGUAGGUUGAAAAAUACUACUAUUAUUAAUCAAUUAAUCAAAUUUACCUCUAAUUUUAUAUUUAA